UCAGUCUGGUUUGAACCGGGAAUGUAGCCAGACCGACGAUCCUUUCUCUAAAACUAAACAGCAACUUAAGAUGGUUAAUUCCACUACACUAUCGUCCUUGUUGGAGGCAGCAACCACUGCAUUGCCAAGUAAAGAGAAGCCUCACUUGCUUUUCUCUUGGUACGACUAUGGACUAUUUAGCACGAUGUUGGCUAUAAGUGGGCUAAUUGGGAUUUACUUUGGCUGUUGCGGUAAGAAGCAGAAUACCACGAAAGAAUACUUGAUGGGAGGGAAGAAAAUGAAGGUUAUUCCCAUCGCUAUCUCUCUAGUAGCCAGUCAUACAUCAGGAAUAACUCUUCUGGCCUUACCCGCUGAUGUUUAUGUGUUCGGAGCAACCUACUGGCUGGGUUCCAUCUCUAUGAUGAUUUUAUCUGUAAUAACUGUGUACGUGUAUCUUCCUGUUUUCUACAAUCUGCACCUAACAAGCACGUACGAAUACCUGGGAAGAAGAUUCGACGAUAAGACGAGAAAAUGCGCCUCUUUCCUCUUCGCAUUAGCCUUAUUUGUGUACUUGCCGAUAGUUAUUUACAUACCAGCUUUAGCGUUCUCUGCAGCCACUGGUGUCGAUGUUCAUGUAAUAACACCAAUCGUAUGCAGUGUGUGCAUCUUUUACACAACACUUGGAGGACUAAAAGCUUUGGUAUGGUCGGAUACUCUCCAAUUUUCUAUAACUGUUGGGGCAAUGACGACUAUAUUCAUCCUCGGAGUAAACGCUACUGGUGGAUUUGCAAAUAUGUGGCAGAAGUCUGUUGAAAGCGAACGCUUGGAUAUCUUUGAUUUCGAUUUUGACUUUACAAAGAGAGAAUCUUUUUGGGCUGUGACAGUUGGAUUGACUAUACACUGGGUGUCACAUACCAGUAUCAAUCAAGGUUGUACUCAAAAAUUCCUCUCUGUAGCUACUUUGGAAGAAUCUAAACGAUCCGUUAUAUAUUACUGUUUUGGAAUGGUAAUUAUGAAGACCUUGAGCGUUUUGUGCGGUCUUGCAAUGUACGCCAAAUAUUCCGACUGUGAUCCCUUCACCUCUAAACAUGUAAGCAGGAACGAUCAGCUUCUUCCCUACUACGUAAUGGACGUAGCAGGAAGUAUUCCAGGACUGUCUGGGUUGUUCAUUGCCGGGAUUUUCAGCGCUGCCCUAAGUACGUUGUCAGCUAACUUAAAUUGCUUAGCUGGUACCAUAUACGAGGAUUUCCUCAAGGCGAGGCUGGAAAGGAAAGGUCCUCACAAAAACGCUGGGUACAUCUUGAAGUUAAUCGUUGUAAUAACUGGAGUUGUCAGCACUGCUAUGGUCUACGUUGUAGAAAAUCUUGGGGGACUGCUUGCUAUUUCCAUUGGGUUGGGAAGUGUGGCACAUGGGCCGCUUCUGGGCAUGUUCACCCUUGGAGUUCUAUUCCCAAGAGCCAACUCGAAAGGUGCUUUCUAUGGAGGUUUAAGCAGUAUGUUUUGCAUGGGAACUGUAAUCACUGUUGCCAACUACUAUAAGUCCCAGAAAUUACUAAAAUACCCAACAAAACCCGUUUCUAUAGAUGGCUGUGACUUCAGUGUCAAUUCAACCAUCACCUCAGCAUUUAACUCGACAGUUUCAUCUGCUGGUACUGGUUCCGAUAUAUUUCCUAUCUUCAGAAUAUCAUUCUACUGGUAUACCAUGUUUGGAGCCAUCAUAGGAAUAACUGUUGGUAUGAUCAUAAGUUACCUGACAGAGAGAAACGACCCACCCGUACCUAUGGAACUUUUAAGUCCCGUUACAUAUCCUUUCUUACCAGAGGAGAACAAGAGUACUAAUCAAAACUACUACACCGUGAAUGUUGCUCUGGAAAAAGUUUCAACGGAUAAGGGAAGAAAGUCUUUGAAAAUUGAAGAGAAUGAGGAGAGACUUCGAAAAGCGUCAUACGUCUCUGAAACCUUCGAUGAUUGAAAAAGUUCUCUGCAACUUAGUUGCACCCUUACAUUGGGAUAGAGUGAUAUAUUUUGUAGUAAAUUAUUUUUAAAGUGUUAAAUAAAGUAAUUUAGUUCCA